CAAGCGCCAGGCCCCAGGGCGGACAAAGCGCUUGCCGCAGCCAAAAAUGGCCACCCCCUUUUUCACGCCCGCCCUCGAGGACAUCGGCCCCGACGCCGGUCCCAAGGCCGACGCCGCGCCGGCCGGCCAGUACCCCGACGAGCUCGCGCCCUUCUGGGGCUUCGUCUGCAUCGUCUCGUGGCUGGCGUCGCUCGACCAGGGCAACUUCUUCCCGGCGGACCAGGCCCAGCGCCCGUCGUCGACGGCGCUCGACGCGUUGGCGGAGGAGGAGGAGGAGAAGUCGGCCGUCGCGACGGCCCACGACGACGACGACGCGCUGCUCCCCUACGGCGCGUUCAAGGCCAUCGUCGAGUCCUGCGCGCCGGCGGACCCGGACGAGCCGGCGCCGCCGUUCCACAAGCCGCUCCACGCGCCGCACGCGGAGGCGGCGGCGCUGGCGCCCUACCUCGCCGGGCUCGAUCCGGACGACGAGGCGCCGCUCCUGCCCUACCUGGCCUUCGUGGCCCUGGCCCACCUCCUCUUCCACGACGCCGCGACGACGUUCGUGGCCAAGACCACGGAGAGCUCGGCGCUCUUCUUCGCGAGCCUCUGGCGCCCGAUCGAGUUCAUGCUCGCGCCCUUCAGCGCCAGCCGCGAGCCCGCGGCGGGCCAGAAGAAGACGCGGUCGUCGGAGGACCUCGCGUCGCUCGCCGGCCGGAAGCUCUUCGGCGGCGACGCGCAGCGCUCCGUGCGCGUGCGCACGGCGCUCUGACCCCUUUUCCUACCACGGACCCCCCGUGUAAGCGAGUGUGUUCAUACCAUACCGCGACUAGUACAAACAUGCGAC